GGCUGUUGUACACAGUCUCAGACUCAGCUGUAGAAAUACAUUCAGCUACAAAAACGCUAACUUGCUUUAUUGACUUGUUUAAUUAAAAGCUCAGCUGUGGAUCCUUGUUUCCUGGUGGGGGGAUAACUGAAGAAGUUGCCAUUCGGAUUCGAUAUUGCAUGCGGCGAAAUGAACGGGAAAGCAGUGACUGGUACCUUAACGUUAAGAUAGCUGGGUCACUGUUAGCUAGAAUUUCUGUCUGUUUUUUGUCGGAGUCAAAUCCUGAACUUGUCGGAUGAAGACUGUGGGUGUUAUUGGUAAGCGUGUCAAGCGUGUCGGCAGCUUCCUAAAAUGCAAGCUCUGAAGGACAACUUCUUCUACUCAACCAGCAGGAUAGGAGCCGACGGGGUGUUUGAAGAUGACCGACAUGUCCUGGUGGAGGAGCAGAAGUCAUGCAGGGCCCGAGCUCGCUGCUUCUCCCUGGAGACCAACCGAAGAAGGAAGGUUCUGGAGGAGAGGAGGAAGCAGUGGGACGUCCAGGAACAGAGGCUGAGGGACAACAUCCUACAACAACGUAAACAGAGAGUCCAGGAUGCUACCGAACGCUUCCAGAGGGCACACCUGCCCCCCUCACAGAGACGCAGACAAUCUUUCAGGACGAGCACCCUUAAUAUCGAGGAGGCGCUGAAUCACAUACAAGGCACCUUGACCUUGAGUUCCUAUACCAGACAAUCUUCCACCCCCAACAGGAGCUGCACUUCAUCCCCUAAGCCUCCCCCGACACCCAGCCCGUCGCUCCACCAGAGGACCCUGUCUGCCGUGGAGGCCUACAGCAAACUGAUGCAGGACAGGACCCUCAGCAGCUUUAAGAACAGGCUACUUUUCCCCAACCAGCUGCAGGACGCUCAGCUGAGGGACAGGGACCAGCUGCAGGACACACAGCUGAGGGACAGGGACAGGGAGAGGGAUGAGCUGCAGGACACACAGCCGAGGGACAGGGACAGGGAGAGGGACCAGCUGCAGGACACACAGCCGAGGGACAGGGACAGGGAGAGGGAUGAGCUGCAGGACACACAGCUGAGGGACAGGGAGAUGGACAGGGUCUUCCUCAACCUGCUGCAGGACACACAGCUGAGGGACAGGGAGACCUGUAGCAGUCCACAGCAUCAUAAUGUGAACGAAGUCACUGAGUCAGAGAGCCUGUCCAGUCUGGAUAGCUUGGAGAUGGAGGACACAACACAGAGAGUCCAGAAACACCCCAAUGGUCCAUCCACUGACUUGUCCUUUUGUCCACCAACAAAGAGUUUCCUAAGUGGUAACCUCCUACUCCAACAGGGCAAAGCUGAUGCUAGCCCUCAACCCCCCAGACCAAGGCAGACAGAGGAGUCUGUAGAAGACUUUAACAGUAGGCUGCACCAGCUCUCACAGGCCACUGGGUGGCAGAGUUGUACAGCCCAUUCAUCAUCUCAGAGUAACACUGUAACCCAGUCCCCACUCCUCAGUGUCAGUCACCACAGCCUGCUAACUCUGAGUGGGAUUAUAGAUACGUCCUCAAUACGUCCAUAUAACGGUGACCCUGACGAAAGGGAAAGUAAUCUGAGGGGGGACCACAGAGUCUCAGCGGUCGCAGCGUGCUCCGAGGCUUCUACCCCAGACAAAACGCAGCUGGAGUUCACCUCUUGUCUGACCCCAGAGGGAAAGUUAGAAUUUAGGCAGCAGGUGAGAAAUCAGGAGGACAAGUAUUCCAAACAUCCGUCGGCGACCCAGGUCCUUCUGCCUGGGAAAACCUGCAGCCACAAAGACCUUCUGUGUGAAGCCCCCUCCUCAAACCCUGAUCAUAUCCUCAGUUAUAACACUAAGAGUAGCUCAGGGGCCCGAGAGGACUCCGCCACCGUUCAGCCAACAGGGAGCACACACCACCAGUCACACAGGAACAAACCCAGUGGAGAAGAUGCCACGAACAACCUCAACAAAGGGUCCAACUCUGAGCCCAAAGCCGGGAGGUCUAAGAACACAGACCCUCUCAGUCAGACAUUGGGUCAUUGUAAUAUCAGGUCUGACUUCCCUAAAGGCCUGAAGAGCCUGCAGGUGGAAGGGACACCAACACACCGCACAGACACGCCGCCACCUCCUCCACCUGCAGCUGCUGUCAGCACAGCCACAGGUCACCCUAAAGGCACUGACGUCAGAUCUAUAAAGGGAAUUCUUAAAAAGCAAUCAAAAUACGGAGUGUCGGGAGGAAACGCUAGCUGUAGUAUGUACAACACCGGGCGUUUAAUAUUCACCAAGCAAUUCACCAUGUCCAUCAGAGAUAGUGUGGAACUGACCAGAACGAAAGUCAAGGACGCAGAGGGCAACAAGACGGUCAACAAGAAGAUACGCUGGUUUGACGAGGUCAAUCUGGAAGGAGAGGAGGAGAUGAACAGAAAUCUGAUGGAACAGAAUCCUAUAACAAACAACAAGUGUGUUUCUGGGUGUCCACUACCUCCACAUAAACAACAGUCAGCAUCAUCAGACCACCAACAGGGUCAGGACCAGACAGUGGCCACCACCACCCCCCCUCUAGCCUCCACCGGCUAUCACUUUACCAAGCAGGCCUGGGCAGAUGUCAGGGUCCAGGAGAGCAGGCUGCAGGGGCACCAGGAGGCCAGGGAGGUCAGGGUCCAGGAGAGCAGGCUGCAGGGGCACCAGGAGGCCAGGGAGGUCAGGGUCCAGCGAGGGAGCAGCGGGAGGACCGGGUGCCCCAGGGUCCCCAGGAGAGUGAGAUCUGCCAGGGCAGGGAUGGAUCCUGUUUCGUCCCGCUCCAGGAAAGGCACGGUCAUCAGACCCCAGUCUGCUACCGAGGCCAGCAGCCACGUGGCCCGGGUGACCCACGGGAAGGUCAUGGUGCCUCGCCCCCCUCCCCGCACUGAAACCAUUGAGCCUAACACACACAAAGGAGAGGCUGCAGAGCCUUACAACAUGGAUCACUCUGACACCGCCAAGACUCCUUACAACAUGGAUCAGUCUAAUGAUACCACCAAGACUCCUUACAGCAUGGAUCACUCUGACACCACCAAGACUCCUUACAACAUGGAUCACGCUGACACCACCAAGACUCCGUACAACAUGGAUCACUCUAAUGACACCACCAAGACUCCUUACAACAUGGAUCACUCUAAUGACACCACCAAGACUCCUUACAACAUGGAUAAGUCUAACUCUGCUGCUACUAAAGCAGGUCUUCCUGUAGAGCAGGCUUUGUGUAAUAAGGACACCCUGGACAGCUUCGCCCCGUCCCAGACCUGUACGCAUGUCAUUAGGGCAGAUAGCGGUGUUGUUUCCAACCCAUCCAAGGCCACCCCCAUGUCAGGCCAGCAGGACGCCCAGGGAGGGGCUGCCAGACGGGGGCUGCUGUACCAUGAGAAAGGCCUCUGUCUGGACCGUACUCCCACAGACGAGGAGAUCUCCCAGCUCUGGCAUGGAGUCCGUAGUGCCUUAGCCACCAAGGACGGUGACCGUAAAACUGUCCCGCCUCAAGCCCGUGCCAACCUAUCUCGCGUUACUAUCAACGGGGACAGCCUGAUCAACGGAGUCAAAGCCGUCACUACGAUGGGAGGCUUCUUCCUCUCCCCGCCCAAUGGCAGGAGCGUGGUGAGGAGACAGCCCCAGGAGAGCAGUGGUGGUGGGGCCAGGAGGAGAGGAACACCUGGCUCAGGGAACAGAAGGCUGCCUCUACCCUCCCAGUCUCAGGCCACGGUGCUGAUAACAGCAUUACACAGCAAACAUGACCUGGCACAUCAACACCAAGAGUAUGCAGAAGCAGAGGCCCACAGUGAAGGCGUGAUGGCCGACAGUGAUAUAGUGGCUGCCAAGGAGACGGCGCAAACACAGAGGCUCGAGCCAGGUGGAGGCCACAACCAACACCAGGGCCAAUGGAUCACUACCAGCCAGGGCCAGGGGUACCAACAGCAGGCCGCAUGGGAGGGGCAGCACCAGGUCCAGGUCUCCACCAUCACCACCAUCUCCCUGGAGGAGCAGAAAGUGCUGCUGUCCCUGGAUCGACUCAACCAUCGGCUGCAAUAUGUGCAAGCGUUUGUUGGAGGCAACCCUGCUGCUAAAGCUUUCUUACAUGGUGAAGCGCCCUUUACAGAGGAAGGGACGGCUGCUGCCCCACACCGCAAGCACCGCCCAGUUUCCACCAGCAACCGCUCUAGAACCCAGAGGAGAUUCUGACACAACGGUCCAACAACGUUCCAAUAUGGCCGCCUGAUUGUCACUUUGUCUGCUUGUGCAUUACUCUAACCUUAUACACUGCUGUAUAACACAUCACUUUACAAUAACACUCCCCGGGUUUCAGCACCACCACUAACUGUCUCUGCUGGGAUGAAGACUUCCAAAACCAGGGCUGUGAAUAAUUAUAUUAUCAAAUUACAGUACUUAUAUUGACUUAUUGACACAUUAUAGCUUCUGUCUUAUAUACAGUCAGGCUUUGCUAUUUGGUUUGGCCUUUCAUUGAUAGAGAUUAUUUUUGUAUGAAAUAAAUAUAUUUAUUUUCUGAAAAUUGUGCAGUGUAUAUAAUGUAUUAUACACAAUGAUACCAAUACGAUUGUAUACAGAUGUGUGGCAGUGUGUAAGCUAAUCUUGAUCAUGAUGAAUAAAAUCACCCUGUCCUCAA